CAACUCUCAGACAGUCCUUGCCGAAGUUCUUGAAUAUCAGCCAAAAUGUCUUCAUUUGAACAGAUUCUCUCUGACCCACGAUAUCAUGACUACUUGGCCAUCUUGAAGGGCGCACGGAACGGACUUGUGUACGGAGCUAAAGUUCGGUUUCCUCAUGCAUUGAUCAUGGCUAUUCUCUUCGGACGUGGCGAUUGGCAGAGCCGGGCUCGCGUCAUCUUCCGUGCUACGAAAACGCAUGCUUUGAACCUCGCGAAGUUCGUGUCGCUAUACAAAGCAGUCUUACUCUUGCAGAAAAAAGCCAACGGAGGGAAGGAACGAAAAUAUGACACGUUUAUUGCGGGUCUUUUGGGUGGAUACAUCGUCUUUGGAGAGCGGAAUGCCAUCAAUGAGCAGAUCGUGCUGUAUGUCUGCUCCCGUGUCGUGGCCUCCUUCAUUCCUCGUGCUACAGCACCCUAUUCGUCCUCUUCGAUAUCCGGCGUAAAACCCAUUCCACCUGACUCUCGAUACUUCACCGCCUUCGCUGCUAUCUCCUGGGGAUUGGUGAUGUGGCUGUUCGAGAACAGAGGCGAGACGAUCCAGCCGGGCAUGUUCAACUCGAUGAAGUACAUAUACCGCGACUCGAACCGGUGGUCGAGUCUUCGGACGCUACUGUGGCACAAUACAUGAGCUAGGGGUUCCGUUACAUCCGGACUUGUUUUUCGGCAAGUCAUGCACUCCUUUCUCUUUCGACUUCCUUCUUUCUACGAAUAUACCAUACACGCCGUUCAAUAGCCCUCCUUACUCUUCCAUAUAUUAUGCAUCCGUCUUGUGCCUGAUAUAUAGCGAUCCUGGCCCUCAUCAUCACGCCACCUAGACAUGCAUGUUAUCUUUACUUCCGUCCGGCGUCGAUAUAUUAUUCGCGUGUCUGUCAUGCUCACUUCCACAC